GUUUUCUGCAUUUAGAACAUCUUUCCGGUGGGGUGUAGAUCUGUGAAGAUGACCUCCUUGGCCACCAUGGACAGCGCUGGGUCGCUCCAGUACCAACCCACUCAGCUUCUCAUGAACUGGGGGGUCUACCUUACCCUCGCGGACGGCCAGGGAGGGGUACAAGGGGGACAGUCUCUCUACAGUGACCCGUGGUCCAGCCCUGUCUCCACGGUCAACUCCGUCAAUACCGUAACCUCUUUGUUAAAAAAUGGACAGAACAUAUACGGUCCGGACGGUUGGUCCCCGGUGUCGCUGAAUGGCCUUAACGCUAAUGCGUUCCAGGGCACGUUGUCCCAACAGGUAUCAAAUUCACCUUAUGGCAGCAUCAAUGAUCUGGUGGACCACUUCAGUGACCUGUCGCUGUCCCUGGACAGAAAGCCCAGCAAACGCCCUCCAAGCACCUACCUCUGUCAUCUGUGCUUCACCAAGGGCCAUUACAUUAAAGACUGUCCACAGGCUCGUCCCAAGGGGGAGGGGCUAACACCCUAUCAAGGAAAGAAGAGAUGUUUCGGGGAAUACAAGUGUCCCAAAUGUAAACGCAAGUGGAUGAGCGGAAAUAGCUGGGCCAACAUGGGACAGGAGUGUAUAAAGUGUCACAUUAAUGUCUACCCUCACAAACAGAGGCCCCUUGAAAAACCUGAUGGCUUGGACGUGUCGGAUCAGAGCAAGGUGCACCCACAACAUCUUUGUGAAAAGUGCAAGGUAUUGGGAUAUUACUGUAGGAGGAUGAACUAGGCCAAGGACAAACAACAAGGUCAAGGACAUCAUUAAAUUUUAUAGAGAGGAAGACAUGAAAUUUUUAUAGAGAGGAAGACAUGAAAUGUUUUCUUUCAAUUUCAUUGCUGAAAGCAAUACAGGGAUAUGAAAUCAAAGCUUUACUGAUGAACUGUCUCUCUAUAAAUUCUAUGUACAAAGUACAUGUUAAAACAGAGAUGACAUGACAUUUAUAUUGCAUGAUAACUUUGAUCCAGUAUGAACUGUUAUGAAAUUAACAAAAAUUAGUGCUGUUUUAAUUUGGGAGUACUGUGUGGUUCAUAACCUAUUUGAUGUACAGCAUGUGUAUGACAUGGAAAAUAUGUGUCAGUCAAGGUUAAAACAAAAAGAGAAACGUUCUUGUACCUUAAAAAGGGGUUUUAAUAUCAGCCUCCUUGUAACAUGAGGGGUUUAGAGUUUGGAUGUUACCAUGAGGGGUUUGGAUAUCACCCCUUCUUACCGUACCACGAAGGCCUUGUAACAUGAGGGGUUUGGAUAUCACCCCUUCUUACAGUACCACGAAGGCCAUCAGUGAAGUUGUGGAGAUGUGUUGAUUGUGAAUGAUUCUCAAAACAACAGACGAGGUCCUUGAGAAAUCUGACAUCGGUUUCUUAAAGUCUCUUUCGAUUUGACAUAAUGCCAAGAAAUCAACAGUUCAUGAAUACUGUAAAAGUAGAAAUUAUUGCUACGUGAAAAUACUCUUAUUUUUCGUUUUGAGUGAAUUGUCACAAAAAUAUUUAACAAGAAUAUUCACAUUAUAUAUAUUUAAUACAUUAAUAAGAUACAUAGAUUUUAGAACAAUUGCCAUGAAAAAAAGUCCACACCACGAUCAGUGUAAGAGUCACAACGUGAACAUUUCCACCCGGGAGAGUUUCCAAUUUGACAGUAUGGAGGAGAUGCUUCUUGGCACGAAAUAUUUGAAAGCUUAUUGGAAAUUUAUUGUCUUGUAUACAGAAUUUCCACUAGAAUGUCAUUCUUCCUUUAAAGGAGAUAUAGGAUGCUAGAUGUUAGAGUGACUAUCACUGCAGUACCACACGGUAAGGGAGACUCAUUAUAAAACCAGGAACAUUUCCUACUGCAGGUCAUAACUUAGUGUAAAUGGAUGAUCAGACUUCAGUGCGGACUGGUCACAAGUCCUUAUCUGUCCUAGCCACAGUCUUGUGGACAAAAGUAUCAUCAGACCUAUUCUCCUUAAUGAAAUGACUAGCAAUACUACCAACACAGAGUAGGUCUGCCUAAGCUAUGGUCUUCAAGGUAUCAAAUCACUAGCCUCAACUCUUGAGCAAUAAAAUGGGCAGGUCUUGUUUCCCCCUAACAAAGUCUAAAGCCUAGUCACUGGCCACAUUAUGUCUAGCCCCAGUCACUGGCCAACAGUAUGUCUAAAAUUAGUCACUGGUCAACAGUAAUUCUAGCCCUGGUCACAUGGCCAACAGUAUGUCUAGCCCUUGACACUGACCAACAUCAUGUCUAGCCCUUGUCACUGGCCAACAGUAAGUCUAGCCCUAAUCACUGGCCAACAUUAUGUGUAGCCCUAGUCACUGCCCAACAUCAUGUCUAGCCCUAAUCACUGGCCAACAGUAUGGGUAGCUGUGGACCUGGUCAACAGUAUGUCUAGCCCUUGUCACUGGCCAACAGUAUGUCUAGCCCUUGUGACUGGCCAACAGUAUGGGUAGCCGUGGACCUGGCCAACAGUAUUAGCCCUGGUCACAUGGCCAACAGUAUGUCUAGCCCUUGACACUGACCAACAUCAUGUCUAGCCCUUGUGACUGGCCAACAGUAAGUCUAGCCCUAAUCACUGGCCAACAUUAUGUGUAGCCCUAGUCACUGCCCAACAUCAUGUCUAGCCCUUGUGGCUGGCCAACAGUAUGGGUAGCUGUGGACCUGGUUAACAGUAUGUCUAGCCCUUGUCACUGGCCAACAGUAUGUCUAGCCCUAGUCACUGGCCAAUAUUAUGUCUAGCCCUUGUGACUGGCCAACAGUAUGGGUAGCCGUGGACCUGGCCAACAGUAAUUCUAGCCCUGGUCACAUCGCCAACAGUAUGUCUAGCCCUUGUGACUGGCCAACAGUAUGUCUAGCCCUUGUGACUGGCCAACAGUAUGUCUAGCCCUUGUGACUGGCCAACAGUAUGGGUAGCCGUGGACCUGGCCAGCAGUAUGUCUAGCACUGGUCACUGACCAACACUUUAUCUUGCCCUAGUCACUUACCAACAGUAAGUCUAGCCCUAGUCACUGGCCAACAUAAUUUCUAGCCCUAGUCACUAGCCAACAGUAUGUGUAGCCCUAGUCACUGACCGUAUGUCUAGCACUGGUCACUGGCUAAUACUUUAUCUUGCCCUAGUCACUUACCAACAGUAUGUCUAGCCCUCUCACUGGCCAACAGUAUGUCUAGCCCUAGUCACUGGCCAACAGUUUGUCUAGCCCUAGUCACUGGCCAACAGCAUGUCUUGACUUAGUCUCUGGCCAACAGUAUGUCUAGCCCUUGUCACUGGCCAACAGUAUGUCUAGCUGGUCACCUUGCCAACAGCAUGGCUGACCCUUGUCAUCACACCAACAACUGUGUUGCCUCUGUCAUCUCGCCAAGAGUAUUGCUGGCUAAGACAUCCUGAAGGUCUAGCCCUAAUCACUGGCCAACAUGUGUAGCCCUAGUCACUGUCCAACACUAUGUCUAGCUGGUCACCUUGCCAACAGCAUGGCUGACCCUUGUCAUCACACCAACAAUAGUGUUGCCUCUGUCAUCUUGCCAAGAGUAUUGCUGGCUAAGAUAUCCUGAAAGGAGACUGUUGCAUUUAACAUAUGUUAAAAAAUAGUGUUAUCCUGCGAGAUCCUUUUUUCUAGAAAAGGGUUAUAUUUUAAGGAUCAAAUGUAAAGAAUUAAAUUGAAGGUACUAAUUCACAUUUGGGGUCCAUAAAAUAUUUCAAUGGACAUGUAUUUAUAACUUAACGUGAGCUCUCUCCCCUUUCUGUUAUUAUCUUCUGUGGUAUAAAAGUUGCAAGAUCAGGGUUACAGCAAGAUGUGUAUUAUGAACUUAGCUGUUGAGUAAACUGGUAGUGUUGGCAGCAGCUAGAGUAGGAUAUAAAUAAUAUCGGCCGAAAAACAGUAGACUCUCCUGCACUAGCACAGGAGGAUAAAUUUGUUGACAAUUUUCUGGAAAGUGAUUGGUGGAUAAAAUACUUGACUGUGUUGUUCAGAGCUAUGGAAGCACAAAGUAAUUAUUAUAAACCUGCUAGGAAGUACAAGAAUGACCAUGUUACUUGGCAAGCAGGCAUUUCCAUUUAAACCUGACUUCUCGCACUCCUAUAUCUAUAUUUAGGUAAUCCCCCUCUUGCUGUCAAAUAUUGAUACUUAAAGCUACUCAAGUGGGACCGACCAUAAGUCUCGAUUCCAGUGCUACUCUUAGGAUCAUUGUUCUGAAUCUCUACAUUCUACUUGCAAUUCUCAUUGAUCUUUAAUAUAUUCCAGAUUUUAGUGAGUGGGAACCUGUCUAUAUAGUUCCUCUGGCCUUGAACAGCAUGCCCUUGUCCUAGGUUUUGUUUUAUAUGUAUGUUCAGUAUGACUCCCUAUUCCAACAUGUACUAAGAACAAUGAAAACUUUGACCAAGAUAUGGUAAAGUUGAUAUGUAAAUUUCUGCUUCACAAGAGAAUUUAAUUCAAGAUUAUUGAUUUAUGUUGUAAGACUUUUUUUAUUAUUAUUAUUUACACUAAGAUUUUUGAGAUUUUAUAUUGAUUGAUAUUUAUUUGUAUAUGAUGGGAAGCUGGAUAAAAAGUGAUUAUAAUAGAAUCAAUUGUCAUAGAUAACUAUUCUGUCUAUUCCUACUGAUUGAUUACAGGUGUAACAUAGUUUCUGUGCCAGGUGUAACUUUGUUUCUUAGACAGGUGUAAUAUAGUUUCUGUGACAGGUGUAACAGUUUCCGAGACAGGUGUAACUUUCUGUGACGGGUAUAAUUUGUUUCUGUGACCGAUAUAACUUUGUUCCUGUUACAGGUGUAACUUUGUUUCUGUGACAGGUGCAACAUAGUUUCUGUUACAGGUGUAACUUUGUUUCUGUGACAGGUGUAACCUUGUUUCUGUGACAGGUGUAACUUUGUUUCUGUGACAGGUGUAACUUUGUUUCUGUGACAGGUGCAACAGUUUCUGUGACAGGUGCAACAGUUUCUGUGACAGGUGUAACUUUGUUUCUGUGACAGGUGUAACUUUGUUUCUGUGACAGGUGCAACAUAAUUUCUGUGACAGGUGCAACAUAGUUUCUGUGACAGGUGUAACAUAGUUUCUGUGACAUGUGUUACAUACUUUCUGUGACAGGUGUAAAAUAGUUUCUGUAACAGGUAUAACAUAGUUUCUUUGACAGGUGUAACAUAGUUUCUGUGACAGAUGUAACUUUGUUUCUGUGACAGGUGUAACAUAGUUUCUGUGACAGGUGUAACAUAGUUUCUGUGACAGGUGUAACUUUGUUUCUGUGAAAGGUGUAACAUAGUUUCUGUGACAUGUGUUACAUACUUUCUGUAACAGGUGUAACAUAGUUUCUGUAACAGGUGUAACAUAGUUUCUUUGACAGGUGUAACAUAGUUUCUGUGACAGGUGUAACAUAACUCUGUGACAGGGGUAACAUAAUUUCUGGGACAGGUGUAACAUAGUUUCUGUAACAGGUGUAACAUAGUUUCUGUUACAGGUGUAACUUACAUUCUGUGACAGGUGUAACAUAGUUUCUGUGACAGAUGUAACUUACAUUCUGUGACAGGUGUAACUUUGUUUCUGUGACAGGUGUAACACUUUGUUUCUGUGACAAGUGUAACAUAGUUUCUUUGACAGGUGCAACAUAGUUUCUGUGACAGGUGUAACAUAGUUUCUGUGACAGAUGUAACUUACAUUCUGUGACAGGUGUAACACUUUGUUUCUGUGACAGGUGUAACACUUUGUUUCUGUGACAGGUGUAACAUAGUUUCUUUGACAGGUUAAGUUUUCAUAAAAGUAUCAGAGUAGUAUUCAAAAUAUGGAGAAAGAAUAACUUAAAAUCUUGAUAUAUUUUUUUGAAUUUCGAUGAAUUUGGAGGCCAAAACGACCCAAACACGACCCACACCAUGCUCUUUGGUAUUAACAGAGACAUACCUGACAGCAACUGUAUUGACAAGUCCUGUGAUGACAGCUUCUUUGUUGACAGCCUCGUAUCGACAGGUCCUGUUUAGACAUAUCCUGUGUUUACAGCUCUGGUAUCCAGGGUCCUAUUUUGACAGCUCCAUGAUUCACAGGUCCUGUGUUGACAGUUUAGUAUCAACAGCUAAGGCAUUGUGAACUAAUUGAUGUUACAUCUGUAUUUAAUCACUGAGAAAAUAUUUCCAUGUUCGUUUAUUAUUAUAGAAGGAAUUCCUAUGUUAUGAUAAGCUCAAUAUAUGACUGAUGUGAUGAUAUGUUCUUGCUGGCCAGGGAUGACAUCAAUGGAUUACCCAAGACCAUCAAGUUAUAAAAACUAAUACAUGUACAAAAUCUUUGUCUUUAAAGAUGCACUGGAAGUGUCUCGAUGAAUGCUCAGUCGGUAAUCUGCAUUACAAGAAAUUGAAAAUAUCAUCAUUUUUUAUCAAUAUUUCCUGAUCCUGGGAAGCAAAGACUGCCAGUAACAGUUCAAACCCCGGCCAGCAAACAUAGUUUCAUCUCCUUGAGGUUUUAACUUUCAUUAAUGAUGUUUUUCGUAUUCUGUUUCUCUUCUCUUAGAAUUUCAUUCAUUCAUAUGCUGUUUAUUAUGAGUUACUAUCUCUUUAUAACCUUUUCUUGGUGCAAAUAAUGUUCAAAGUUUGAUUUUGAAGAGCAACAUUGGAAGAGGGGAAAUUGUAUAUAUGAAUAUAAAUUAACAAUAAACAUUAUAAUGAAUAGAUUUUAUAAUAUUUAAUUGAGUGAGGUUGUGGUGAAAUAUGUGUGAAUUUUUUUUGACAAAAACUAUUUGCAUGAUAAAAUCUUGAUUGAUGUUUGCGGUGUUAGUAUAUCUGUCUUUGUAUUUUAGAAACGACUUUUAUGUAUACUUUGCUUUCAGCAUGUAGAUAUUGUGGUUUUUGUUGGUAGAUUUUGUUCUUUAUUUAUAAGUUAUAAAUUCGCUUUAGUUAUUUAUGAUUAUAUAAACACUUUAUUUGAUAGAUGUUGUGUAAACAUCUAAAAAGGACAAACUUGAUGAAUAUAUAUAUAUAUGUAAGAUGAGUAGUUAAGCCUCAUCAGCAAUAACGACAGUAUGGAUGGGUUCGGUAUCUGAACAAAGUAAUGUUCACCGAGUGCAUAUUACUUAACUAUAUAUAAAAAAUGGGUACAUUUAUAUAUAUUCAGUUCAAAGUUUAAUAUGAUCUGAAUAUCUAUAUGCAAACUAAACUUCAACUAAUUAAUUAAUUUCAUCACAUUUUCAUAAUACAUUGUGAUUUAAAUUUUAAAAGCAAAACUUUUUGAAAUGUUUGAUUAUAAACAUACUUAUUUUGGUAAUAAUGAUAUUUUGUCACUUUUUACAACAAUAUGAAAGUACAUAAAGUUAAAUGUUAAAUCAUUAAAGCACUAAUCCAUGAUGCAUGUAACUUGAAAUAGGUUGCAAAUGCAUUGAAACACAAGUGUUCUCUUGUGUUCUAGUAUGUUAAAAGUAUCUAGAUACAAAUUAGGGAGAGUAGUACCUGUAUUCAGCAACGUUGUCCUUUUUUAUUCUAUACUUUGUAUCAAUGUCAAAAUACACUGUAUCAAUGUCAAAAUACACUGUAUCAAUGUCAGUCUAAUAACAAUAUCAAUGUCAGUCUAAUUACAAUAUCAAUGUCAAAAUACACUGUAUCAAUGUCAAAAUACACUAUCAAUGUCAAAAUACACCAUCAAUGUCAGUCUAAUUACACUGUAUCAAUGUCAGUCUAAUAACACUGUAUCAAUGUCAGUCUAAUUACAAUAUCAAUGUCUGUCUAAUUACACUGUAUAAAUAUCGGUCUAAUUACAAUAUCAAUGUCUGUCUUAUUACAUGUAUCAGUCUAAUUACAAUAUCAUUGUCGGUCUAAUUACACUGUAUCAAUGUCAUUCUAAUAACACUGUAUCAUUGUCUGUCUGAUGACACUAUCAAUAUCGGUCUAAUUAAACUGUAUCAAUGUCAGUCUAAUUACAUUGCAUCAAUAUCAGUCUAAUUACACUAUAUCAAUUAAACUGUAUCAAUGUCAUUCUAAUAGCACUGAAUUAUUGUCAGUCUAAUUACACUGUAUCAAUAUCGGUCUAAUUACACUGUAUCAAUGUCAUUCUAAUAACACUGUAUCAUUGUAAUUACACUGUAUCAAUAUCGGUCUAAUUAAACUGUAUCAAUGUCAGUCUAAUUACAUUGCAUCAAUAUCAGUCUAAUUACAUUGUAUCAAUUGUCAGUCUAAUUACAUUGUAUUAAUAUCUGUCUAAUAUUUGUGUAAUUACAUUGUAUCAAUAUCAUAAUUACAUUAUCAAUAUCAGUCUAAUUACAAUGCAUCAAUAUCAGUCUAAUUAUGAUGUAUCAAUAUCAGUCUAAUUACAAUGUAUCAAAAUCAAUAUCAGUCUAAUUACAUUGCAUCAAUAUCAUUCUAAUUACACUGUAUCAGUUGUCAGUCUUAUUACAUUGUUUUAAUAUCGGUCUUAUUACAUUGCAUCAAUAUCAUUCUAAUUACACUGUAUCAAUAUCGGUCUAAUUACACUGUAUAAAUAUCAGUCUAAUUACAAUGUAUCAUGGUCUUUUUAAUUACACUGUAUCAAAGUCAGUCUAAUUGCAUUGUAUCAAUGUCAGUGUAAUUACAUUGCAUCAAUGUCAGUGUAAUUAUAUUGCAUCAAUAUCAGUGUAAUUACAUUAUGCAUCAAUAUCAGUCUAAUUAUAAUAUAUCAAUAUCAGUCUAAUUAUGAUGUAUCAAUAUCAGUCUAAUUACACUGUGUCAAUAUUAGUCUAAUCACAAUGUAUCAAGGUUGGUCUAAUUACACUGUAUCAAUGUUAGUCUAAUUACACUGCAUCAAUGUCGGUCUAAUUACAAUGUAUCAAUAUCAGUCUAAUUACACUGUAUCAAUAUAAGUCUAAUUACACUGUAUCAAGGUUGGUCUAAUUACACUGUAUCAAUGUUAGUCUAAUUACACUGUAUCAAUGUCAGUCUAAUUACACUAUCAUUGUCAGUCUAAUUGCACUAUCAAUGUUAGUCUACUUACACUGUAUCAAUGUCAUUCUAAUAGUGUAUAAAUGUUAGUCUUAUUACACUGUAUCGUUGUCAGUUUUAUUACACUGUUUAUCAAGUUGUGACUAAUUAUUAUGCUGGGUAUCAAUAUCAUUUAAAUAGAAAAUUAGUUGCAUGUUGGUGAUGAUGAUGUCAAUUGUUUCAGGUACAUAGAAUUUUCCAUAUCAUCUUUUGUUAUAUGUCUGGAAUAUCACUUCAUGGCAAUAUGCAUAGAUAUUAAGAAGAGGUAAACGUAUUGUUUAAUUUCUAUAUAUUGUUUCAAGAAUGAUAUGUAUAUAUUUGUUUACAAAUGAAAAGACCAAAUAAUUCAUAAUGCUCAUUUCUUGAUAUGAAGAAAGAUUUGUUUUCUAUUAUUUCUGUUCCAAUGCCUGUAUUUCAUAUAACAGGUUAUAAGAAACCCAUAUUUUCACACAUUAUCAUGAUUAAAAUACAAGUAAUUUUCUAUAGUUAUAUGUACUCUUUGAGUAGGGUGUAGAUAUCUUAACUCCAUUAUUGAACCAUUUGGGACUGUUGCCCUAAAUAGUGUAGUACUAUAUUUUGCAUUAGUUUUAUAAUUUAUGAUAAGUAAUCAUUUUAAUUUCAGUUAUUAUUACCUAGUUGUAAGAAGGUUGGAUGUCAUAUUUUCUUACCUGUUGUACACAUUUCUAUAAGCUUGUGUUGUAUUUACUACAAGAAAUAUUUGUGUUGUAUACAAUAUAAGCUAGUGAGUCAUUUACAACAUGAACUUGUAUGUUUGUACAAUAAGAACUCGCAUUUCACACAAGAUAUGAUGAGAUUGUGUGUCAUACAAGAUAAACUUGUGUGGUUACCACAAUAAGUUUGUGUAGUGAACCCAAUAAGUUUGUCUGGUGUAGGCUUAUAUGAUGCAAUAAGUUUGUCUGGUGUAGGCUUACAUGAUGCAAUAAGUUUGUCUGGUGAACACAGUACUUGGUAUGGUGAUGUAAACCUCACAAUGUAAGUUUUUGUAAUCUGACACACAGUAUAAUACACUUGUGUGCCUUAACUAUAUAUAAUAUUAUAUGCGUGUACAUUCUAGUCUUUCCAGACAGGUGUAACUUGUUCCAUAUGUGCCAAAAUCAGUUGUACAUAAUUUUUACCCGAGUUUGGCAGUUUGAUUUGCGUGCAAUACUAUGGUAACUGUACCACAGUGUUCCUAUUAACUGUUUGAGCGUUGUGAGUUUACCCAUUUUAUUUAGCAUGCAGAUGAAUGAAAAGUUGUAAGCAAGAACAAAAUAGUGUGCAUUUAUUUCUAUUUUUUGUUUUAUAUAUUCAAUGUCUUCAUUUGUAAUUUACCAGCUCUUCAUUAAAAUUUCUUUUUGUGAAA